AUGUCGAAAAACGAAGCGGACAUCCUCGAGAAACAAGCUAUGGACAAGACUGCUGACAGUCUGAAUGACGCACCCCUUGCCAACGAAGAUGCUCAGCGUCUUGCACAGCUUGGACAUGAGCAAGAACUUCGAAGACAAUAUUCUCUGGUCUCUUUGGGUGCACUUUGCCUUUGUCUCGGAGCCACUUGGGAAGCUCUAUCAACUGUUGUCGUUACUGCUUUGGUCAAUGGCGGUGCGCCCUGUGUUUUCUACAACUAUAUUCUGUCAGCCAUCUUCUCUAUAUGCACUGCUGCUUCCCUUGGAGAGAUUGCUUCUAUCUAUCCCACUGCAGGAGGCACGUCCCUAUUCUCUCCGACUUUAUGCUCACUACUAACUCGGCUAUCAGGACAGUACCACUGGGUAGCAGCCAUGGCCCCUUCCUCGAUAUGCUCCUCUGCUUCCUUCAUGACUGGCUGGAUCAGCAUAGGUGGCCAGAUAGUCUUGACAGCUUCCGCAGCAUUCGCAGCCGGUCUGGAAUCGCAAUCCCUUAUCAUCGUCAACGAUUCGUCAUAUGUACCAGAGCGAUGGCAGGGCCUUUUGUUCUACUGGGCUGUCUUGGUAUACGCUCUCAUACUCAACAUCUGGGGCCAGCGAGCUCUUCCCUGGCAUAACCACGUGUCUGGAAUUAUUCACGUCGGUGGCUUUGUCAUUGUUGUCAUCGUCCUAGGUGUAAUGGCGCCCAAGAAUACUUCUUCUUUUGUCUUUAAAGAAGUGACCAACCAGAGUGGCUGGGCAGACGAUGGCGUCUCAUGGCUAGUUGGCCUUUUGAGUUCUGUGUAUCCCUUCCUCGGAUACGACGCUGCCUGUCAUCUUGCAGAAGAAAUGCCCCACGCAAGCCGCAACGUCCCAAUCGCCAUGAUAGGCAGCGUCGGCAUUAACGGUUUCCUUGGCCUGGUAUACGUAAUUAUCCUACUUUAUUCCGCCGGCCCUCUCGAGACCCUUGUCAAGACCCCCACGGGAUACCCCUUCAUGCAAAUUUUCCUUGACGCGACAAAGAGCCCCGUCGGCACUACCCUUUUAUCCCUGCUGAUCAUUCUCGUCGCGGCGGCUGCUACCGUUGCAGGUACUACCUCAACGUCGCGAACGCUGUGGGCCUUUGCACGCGAUAGGUCUACGCCGUGGGACAAACAACUGAGCAAGGUUAACAAGCGCCACGAAGUCCCUGUCUAUGCAGUUGUUGUGACUGUUGUGCUGCAAAUGUUGCUCGGGUUCAUUUAUCUUGGCAACACGACUGCCUUCAAUGCCUUUUUGUCCAUGGCCAUCAUCGGGAUGUAUACCAGUUAUGCACUCCCCAUCAUCGCUAUGUUGUUUUACAGGAAGCAUCUGCAGUCUACCAAUGCCUUUGGUCCGUUUAGACUUGGACGUGUUGCAGGUCCCCUGCUCAACAUCAUUAGCUUGAUUUGGAUCACAGUUGUUGUGAUCUUCAGUGCCUUCCCUUCCGUCAUGCCUGUUACAGCACAGAACAUGAACUACUCGGUUGUUGUCAUGGCUUUUUGGGUUCUUGUGGGAGCAUUGUACUAUGGUAUCUGGGGAAAGAAGAAGUACCAGGUGCCCAAUGUCGACAUGGCUGUCCUCGAUGGCGCUCGGGAUUCAGGAAAUUAA